CCUGGACACCUUUGGGCGCAAGGCCUCGGGCCUGGCCAACCGCUUGCGGGGGCAGUUGCGGCAGUUCUGGGCCGACCACUUUUCACGGCGCUUCUCGCCGAGGCGCCCGCAGCUGCGCCGCAUGUCCUCCAUGUCCACCUUCUACCUGCUGGACCACCGGACGAGCCAGACCGAGCUGGGCCUCAACUACGGCGCGCCGCGCACGCGCCUCAGCAACGAGGCUUUCGUGUUCCGCGGCGGCCAGUAGACGGCCGAGGGCCCGCCGGUGCGGUCGCGGCGGCCGCGGUCCUCAUCGACCAUCUAGGACUGGAAGGCGCAGGUGCGGCGGGCCAAGAGCCAUGUGCUGCUGGAGAAGAACAACUACCUGAAGCUGCAACAGGAACUGCUCAUGGACAUGCUCACUGAGACCACCGCGCGCCUGCACCUGAGGGGCAGCAGGCCGGACAACCAGGCCAGCCCGGCGGCCGCAGAGCGUUGGCAGGGGAAGAUGGGCAAGUGCGAAGGUGCGAGCUGCGGGCUCCCACUGGAGCCGCGCGCUCUGGAGUCGCGGUGACGCAAUAAAGCCCG